CCCUCCCCCUUCCUGUUUCCUCCUCCCCGCCGCCCGUCGCCCUCCGCUGGCUUGCCGCCCCGCAGUUCCUCUUUGUCGACCUUGAUCCAAAGGUUUUUGAAGCAAAAGCUCGGAUUUUUCAACCAUGAGCCUCGGGCGGUACGUGAAUUUGGUGAUGGCGAACCACCAUCAAGGCAUCUAUUCGCUGCGCCGCCUCAACAGCGACAAUUUCUUCUACCCGGCAAAGGAAGCAGCAGCAAAGGCGCGAGAUCUGCGCAGACUUAAAAGAGUGCCGCCAGAUGCUCUGUCUUCCUGGUUUGACAAAAAGAAGAAGAAACAUGCGGCAGCUCUCUCAAAUAAGCAGCUGGAGACUACUAUUCGGCCGCCGCCACCAAUCUUCAGUGUCCGCCCGUCGACGUGCCCUGUGGUCGAUGGUGAGUAUAACCGGCUGCACUCCUUUCCUCUCUCCGGAACCAAGAUCUUCUUCGCCGACAGCGGGAAGCGCACCACCUUGUACGACAUCCAGACCCGCUGCUCGAUCAGCACGCCCUGCCUCCAUGCGCCUAAGGUCUUCCCCGUCGCCCUCUCAAUACCCAGUCCUGGACCUGAAGGCGAGCAGGACCAGGACGGCGGCAGCCUGUACAUCAUGGAAACGAGCCUCAACCCGAGUAAUGCCACUCCGUUCGAGGCCCUCAUCUGGCGUGACUGCCCAGUUCACCACUUCACUGCCCACAAGACAUGGCAGUGCGAAGCCCUACCGCGGCCGCCCUUCUUCCAUCACCAACUUGACGUGCAUACCUCGGUAUUAUCUUAUGCUCUGGUGGGCGACAUCAUCUGCGUCUCUCUGACCAGCGUUGGCACAUACUGCUUCGACACGGUCAGCCAGAAGUGGAGCCUGGCUGGUGACUGGCUGAUGCCCUUCUCCGGCAAGGCUGAAUACGUCCCUGAGCUCAAGCUCUGGUUUGGCGCCUCUGCUGGUAAUCACCAGCUCCCAUGCGCUGCUGACCUCUCCCCUAUCCUGGGAGGGCAUGCUCCGAAGAAGCGCUAUGUUUGGGGGGAUCCACAUCUGCCGGGGGACUGGCUCCCGGAUCUGCUUAAUCCAGCCAACAUUGUCAGCUUAGGUUCUGGUAGGUUUUGUAUCAUCAACUUCUUCCGAGAUAUGGGAGGCUGCUGCACCUCUUGUAUGGAUGGACCAUCAGCUGCAGAUGGCAGCCCAAUUGUUGUUUUCUCUGGUUUGGAAGUGUUGUCUGGCAAUGGCAAAGACAGUUGCAGCGACAAGGGCAACGGCAACGGGCUCCGCAUGAUUAAGCACAAGUCUAGACUUUGUAGAGAUACCGACUCCCACUCCAUCGAGUCUGUACUCUGACUGUCUUUGCUUUGAAUCUAUGCAAAGUUGCCAUGAGAGACUACCUAAUGUGUGUGCUUGAAUAAUCUUGGGACACUGAUUGUAUGAAACCACCAUUAAUCGUUCUGGAUGCUUAUUUGAGGGGCUGAUUUGUA